AUGUCGGUGGCUGACAGCAAAGCAGUCUUCAAAGCUCGGGCGGUGGCCGUGGGCCUCGAACCUGAGAUCUUGACGCACCUCGCGAAUGGCGAGAUUGACACGUUGGCUUCGCUGGCCUUUUCUUGCAGCUACACCCCAGGUAGCUCUGAUGACUCGGUCUUUGUGACGCUGAUGGGAAAGCUAUGCGGUAAGGAUCCUGGGGUCAAGCAGCUGGCGUGCCUCCGCAGGUUGUUCGCGGAAGCGUACGCCAUCGUAGCGAGUGACAUCAAGACUCAGGUAGAAUCUUCAGACGAUGUCCCCAUCAAACGUUUGGCGCCAGCCGACCGUGCUCAGAGGUUGGCCGAUCAACAGGCGAGGCUGGCCGGCCUCAACUUGAGGGGCCAUUUGGAGCCAGGAGAUGGCCUGGUAGACAGAUGUGCCCAUAUCUAUGAGACAGACCGGCUGGCUUACGUUGAGUGGGCGGCCUGUGUAUCCAGAGACCAUGAGGUGUUGACUGGCACCAAGAAAGACGGCAUGCUGGUCCUUGAUGCUCACGGCCAAGUCAAAAUGUCGUCGAAGCAAGGUGCAGCUCCAUGCGAGACUACCACAGAGCUCCAGGUGCGCUACUGCCUAAUGAGGCGUGGUCUGGCGUUUGAGCAAGCGAAUAUCCUCGAUUAUAAGCUGCACGACCAGUUGAUCGAAAAGUACUUUGAGUAUCGCUUGAUGCCGACACCUCCCGGCUUUGCAGCUGUCGGGAUGGGGCAGAUCGAAGCGGCUGACCGUCGGUUCUUCAUGCUUAUGGCAGAGCGCACGAGGUCGGGGAUCAAAGCCACCGCCGGUGGACGACCAUGUGACAAGGAGUUCAAGGCAUGCAUCGAGAGCAGUGAGUUCCUUUCGAUGAUCCAACACAAACCUUUGGCUGCUGCUGCCAAGGAAGCCGGGACCGAGGAAGGCUCCCCGUCCAAGAAGCGCCGCUUGGGCUCAAAGGGCCGAGGCAAGGGCAAGGGCAAAGGCCGCGGUGAGCGGUCCGCAGGAGGCAUUGUUCCGGCCCAGCUACUGCGCCUCGGAUGUGUUGCCUGUACCUCCCGUGGGAACCCCGUGUGCUUUGACUACUCGCUCAAGAAGUGCGAGCGCAAGGUCACGGGCAACAAGUGUGAGCGCGGCUUACAUGUUUGCGCUGUUGCCAAAUGCCAUGGCAACCAUCCGGCCACGGAAUGCCCAAGGGCAUCCAAGGAGGAGGCGGGUCAUGUGCGGCCUGCAGAGCCCGAGGAAGAUGCCUCGGGGGAUGUGCCACGCAAGGGCGUGGCAGAGACGCCUGUGGGCGAUCGCAAGUGUGCGAGUGAGGCGCCGCCUCUACCUGUACAGUCGGUUUCGUUUUCCAAUGUCACAGAAGAAUGCUUCGAUUCCUUUUGCAAGAGUUUACUUGAUGACACCUCUCUGAAUCCAUGCGACCGCAUUUUGCAGUUGCUUGAGCAGGCGCCUGUGCAAGAACCGCCCCGUGAAGGGGCCCAAGCAGGUGCGAAGAGUUUCCAAGUCGGUGUCUACAAUCAUGGAGGGGUUACGGGGCUUCGAGCCGCCACGCACAGAUACCCUCAUGCUUGUCGAAUUUUGACCGACGCCGUUCGGAUGGUGUGUGCUGACCACAUCUUUUCAACAGUUGCCCUGUUCCGCAACAUACAGGUUGCGCCUCAUGCUGACUCGCGCAACAGCCCAGUGCCAAACUUGAUUGUCCCUGUCACUCUGUUUUCAGGUGGUCAACUGUUUGUCGUACAUCAGGAUGGACCCGACCGCCAUGUGUGUGAUGGGAAAGAGGCGUCAGGCUUUAGCUUGGAUGUCGCUGCGAAGCCCUGGCUGUUCGAUGCAAAACAUUGCAAACACUUCACGUUGCCAUGGCAAGGGACACGGCUCGUCAUGGUUGCUUUCACGGUGGGCCUCCUCCGUAACCUGUCAAGUCAAGAUGCAGCCGUUGUGGCGGGUCUCGGUUUCAACUUGCCGUCAUGCGACAUGCCUGAACAGGGCUGUUCCCAGCCUACGAAUGCGUCGUUACUUGACCUGCGACGACCCCCCGGGCCCCGACCUGAUAGCGGACAGUCCCCGGCUGGCCUUCAGUCCCCCGUGACGACCGAGGAAGGGCAGCAACUCCCUGAGAUCAGGGCCCCGGAGGUCGUUGAUGUAUCCAAGGACACACGCCACCCUUCAACGCCUGCGAGGGCCGAUGCUGGGCAGCCCUUACCCGAGUGCCGGGCCCCGGAGGUCGGUGGUUCGGUAUCCCUGCCGGGUGAUGGCCCCCUUCUUGUGGAGUUGUGCGCCGGAUCCGCAGUGCUGAGCAGCGUGGCAUCCACGCGUGGCUUCUCGACCCUUGCCGUUGAUCAUGCCUUGAACCGUCACACACCCAAAAGCAAGAUCACUGUCUUGGACUUGAGCCUUCCAGCCUCGUGGAGCACGUUGGGGUACAUUCUGGAGAACCGAGAAGUGGCUCUCUUGUUCGCAGCGCCCCCGUGUGGGACUUGCUCCGCAGCGCGGGCAAUCCCGCUGGAAGACGGGUCGAUGGGUCCACCUGUGUUGCGCACGCAUGAGUUUCCCUAUGGAGUGCCGGGCUUAUCCCCGCAUAACCGGCUCAAAGUUGAGAAAGCCAAUGCCCUGUAUGCGUGCUUGGCAAAAUUCCUGCUGCUGGCGCAUAAGCGCCGUAUCCCUUGGAUGGUGGAGAAUCCCACCGGCAGCCUCCUGUGGAUCUUGCCUUGUUUUGCAGAGCUUGUCAAACUCGGACGGUUUUCACACUGCGAGUCAUGUGCGUUUGGAGGCCAGCGUUUAAAACGUACCAGCUUCUUGGGCAGCGAUCGAUGGCCUGGAUUGUGCUUGAGAUGUCCGGGGGAUCAUGAUCAUGCACCGUGGGGUCAGUCUGCGGAUGGGUCCUUUGCCACGGCCCUCGAAGCUGCGUACCCUUCGAAGCUGUGUCAUGCUGUGUGUGAUUUUGCUGAACACGUGUGCCGUGAGAGGGCGAUUCCCCUAGGUUCUGCUGCUCCCCUGGUUCCGAGGGCCUAUCGUCAACCCCGGGGCCGGCUGCAUCCGCAGGUCAUCCCCGAGUACCAGCAUACCGUAUCCACCAUUUUGCCUGCGUCGCCGUCUCUCGACGACAAGCAAUGCCUGCGUGCUGCUUUGCAAACGCCCAGAGGUCUCCUACCCGCUGGGAGCAAGCUUCUGCGUUCCGAGAAUAGGGGAGGUGGUAAGUGGUUCUGUGUCUUUGGUGUGUUUUGGGAUCCCUUGUCCUUUGUAGAAGAGGCGAGGAGGCUUUGGCACCCUUUCGACUCGCUGGCCCACCUGCCAGACUACUUGAUCACCGCCCUUCAUGAGCAGCUUUCCUUGUCACCAAUGGACUUGACUAAGUUGAGGCUGACACGUUUGAAGCAUUGGCAGGAUCUGGCAAAGUCGCUGCGUCAAAAGGAUGCGACUAUGAAAGAGCAGCUGCAUCCGGACGUGCAAGGCAUACUGAAAGGGAAACAUCUGGCCUUGUUGGCGCAUCUUGUUGACGAGAUCCAAUGGCCGGACGCGCAUUUGUUGCAUGAGCUGUGCCAGGGUUUCCGACUCGUAGGCCCUGCCAAUAAGUCGGGUGUGUUCAGGGCUGGCUUGGUAGUUGCUUCGCAGGAUGAGUGCCAACUCAUGCGCAGGGCGCCAGAGAUUAGGGAAGGCAUUCUGAAGCGGCUGGAGUCAGAACCGAUGGCUGAGUACGCUCAAGAGCUGUGCGACAUCACUCGUGAGGAGGCCGACGACAAAGGGUGGCUGGAGGGCCCCUUCUCCCCUGACGAAGUCAGUGAUCGCCUAGGAGAAUGGCUCCCUGUGCGGAGGUUUGCUGUGCGCCAGGGGGCGAAACUGCGCCCCAUCGACGACCUGCGGGAGAAUGAGGUCAACUCCUGCUUCUCGAGUGUUGAGAAGGUCACCUUGUCUGCCAUGGACCAUGUGCUGUGGUCGGCUAACAUCUUGGUUGCAUACUUCCGGGAUAGGGGUGCCUACCGCUUUACUUUGUCCACAGGCCAGGUGCUGUCAGGUAAGGUUCAUCACGCUUGGUCUGACGCCGGGGCCGAGUUGCGCAUGUCGUCUCUUGACCUAAAAUCAGCGUAUAAGCAACUCCCCUUGUCUCCGCUCGAUCACAACAAGUCCGUCGUGUGCCUCCGGAACCCUCGGAGUAUGGCUUUGGAGUGCUACAUCAUGAAGACGCUCCCCUUUGGGGGAGCGGCCAGCGUCCCGUCCUUCUUGCGAUGCAGUUCCCUUAUCCACGCCUUGGGGUGCCGAUUGGGGCUUUGCUGGUCGAACUACUUUGACGACUUCCCGGUGAUAUCGCACUCCCUGUGCGCGUCAUCGACCAUGGCCUGCAUGGUGGGUUUUCUAAAGUUGUUGGGGUUCGAUCACGCUAAGGAAAAACUACUCCCCUUUGAUGUGAAGGCGGAAGUUCUCGGCGUCCAGGUAGACUUGACUGGGGCUCCUAAAGGGGUAAUCCAGGUUAAGAAUAAGGAUAGCCGGGUUGCUGAGUUGUUGCCAGUGCUUGAGGCGGCGUGCCGCGACAAGAAAGUCAUCCCGGCCCACCUGCCAUCUUUCGUCGGCAAACUCCAGUAUGCCGAUGCUCAGAUUUGGGGGAGAGCGGGGCGUUUGGCGUUGCAUGAUGUUAGAGCUUUGGCGCACACCUCCAAAGUACCUGUGAGCCUGGACCCCAGUGGUCUGGCGGCUUUGAACCUUCUGAAGGAACAUUUCAUGCGGGGUAGGCCUCGCACUUUACUUGCCUCCCGAGGGGAACUUCCGUUCCUCAUGUUCACUGAUGGCGCUCUUGAAGAGGGGCAAGCCAAGCUUGGUCUCCCGCCUGCCACCAUAGGAGGCUUGCUCUUGUGGCCCGGGCGUAGUCAGCGGGCUGAGUAUUUUGGGUGUGCUGUUCCUGAGACAGUGCUGGAAAUGUGGCGCGCGGAUGGGAAGUCACAUGUCAUCGGCCUAGUGGAGCUCUAUGCCGUAGUGGUGGGCAUCCGCACCUGGAAGUCGUACUUCGAGGGAAGGAGGUUGCUAACGUUCGUCGACAACUAUGCUGCGCUCGAUGUUGCUAUCAAAGGAUCCGCGUCUGUCAAGCAGUGGCGCGAUUUGUUGUUGCUACUUGAGUGCCCCGAUGAAACGUCCCCCACGCUCAUGUGGCAUGCAAGGGUACCGUCGAAGUCGAACCCGUCGGAUGGGCCCAGCCGGGGUGACACGUCCCUGAUGGAAUCCUUCAACGCCAAGCGUGUCACGCCUGUAUGUCCCGUGACACAGGUGCAGCUGCGGAACUUGUAA